GAUGCUUUAACUCUCGGGAAGGGGGAAGAAUUUACCAGUCAAAAGGGAGUUAAUUAUGCGGCGCAAUGAUAACUUGCGAUCAGCCCCGGAAAAAGCAAUUUCAUUUUUUCCUCAAUAAUGGAACCAGCUCUGCCGACCGGUGGAAAUUAGGAGGUGCGCAAACAUGCAUCAUUCCUGGCUUUCAGUGUGUUUCCCGUGGGAAUUGAGACGAGGUCCAUUACUAGUUUGCUCCAAAGUUGGGUCACCACGGAGUCGGAUUUCGAGUGCCGCCUGCAAUGGUGCAUAUUCUAGUCGCGUUUUCAGGCGAAAGGUUGCCAAAUCCGACGCGAAAAGGGGGCGUGCUGCAGCCUUCGUCUUGGCAGCUGGAAUAGCCCUGUUGGUUCAUGAUCGAGGGCUUGAAACAAGCCCUAUCCGGACACGGUCUCCAAGGGCAUUCUCGGCGAUGAUGUCUUUUGCGGUGACUCCCCCGCGAGGAGAUCAGAGGUGUUUCCCCAAAGGAGCCGAUGAUGCCCUAUGCCGGAGUUCCCGGAGCAGUCACCAUCUACGGAAUUAAUUAUUAUUUUGCUACAUAGCGUUAUUGAGUUAUUGACACGGGGUGCAUGGGCUCCACUGUUAG